GCUCCCCGCCUCCGCCUUCGGGGAGGGGGAGCGCGGUGCCGGGGCGAGCAGCGGGUGAUGGGGAAGAGGCGAGCGCGGCGCUGAGGUCCUGUGGGGCCGGAUGAGCCGAGGCUUGGCGCCGCGGCGGUGGCGGGGCUGGAGGAGAGGGCGAAGGAGGCUGUAGGGGCGGCCCCCGCUCCGGUUGCCCUGAGGGGAAGGAGCCCCCGACCAUGGAGAUCGAGAACAUCGUGGCCAACACGGUGCUGCUGAAAGCCCGGGAGGGCAAACGGAGUGGGCGUAGUAAAAAUGGAAAGAGAUGCUGAAGUUGCCACCUGUUAGUCACUGUGAAGGUAUUAGAUCCUCAAUUGGUAAAAGAGACUAUAGCAGCUUUGUGACAAGCAGCCUAUAGGAAGACUUCUCUUCAGACAGUUCUGUGAUUCCAGGCCAGAUUUGAAAAGAUGCAUCGAAUUCUGGAUGCAGUGGCAGAAUAUGAGGUAUCUUCAGAUGAAAAGCGUAUAGACUGUGGCCUCAAAGUUUUAGAGACGUACUUCACUAAUGGGUCUGCAGCACACUUGCCAGAAAUACCUCAGGAAACAGUAAAUGAAUGUAAAGCAAGACUGGAAAAGAACCCUUCUAAGGAUCUUUUUAUGGACUGUACUAGAAUUGUCCAUGAAUACCUAAGCAAAAGACCUUUUGAAGCUUACCAAGAAAGUGUGUAUUUUUCCCGUUUCUUACAGUGGAAAUGGCUGGAAAAGCAACCAGUAACCAAACACACGUUUAGGCAUUACCGAGUCCUAGGCAAAGGUGGAUUUGGAGAGGUGUGUGCCUGUCAAGUACGGGCAACAGGAAAAAUGUAUGCUUGUAAAAAGCUAGAAAAAAAGAGAAUAAAGAAGAGGAAAGGAGAAUCAAUGGCCUCUAAAAAAAAAGAAUUUCUAGAAAAAGUGAAUAGUAGGUUUGUAGUUAGUUUAUCCUAUACGUACGAAACGAAAGAUGCCCUGUGUUUAGUAUUAACCAUAAUGAAUGGAGGGGAUCUGAAGUUUCACAUAUAUAACAUGGGAAAUCCUGGCUUUGAUGAAGAAAGGGCUAUUUUCUAUGCUGCAGAACUGUGCUGUGGCCUGGAAGAUUUGCAGAGGGAGAGAAUUGUUUACAGAGACUUGAAGCCUGAGAAUAUACUUCUUGAUGACUGUGGUCAUAUCAGAAUUUCAGACCUUGGAUUAGCUGUGCAGAUUCCAGAAGGAGAAACGGUCAGAGGUCGAGUUGGGACCGUGGGUUACAUGGCUCCAGAAGUGCUCAAAAAUGAAAAGUAUACAUUCAGUCCGGAUUGGUGGGGUCUUGGCUGCUUGAUUUAUGAAAUGAUUGAAGGACAGUCUCCAUUCAGGAAGCAUAAGGAAAGGGUCAAACGGGAUGAGAUUGACCGGAGAGUAAAGGAAGACCAGGAAACAUAUUCAGACAAGUUCUCAGAGGAGGCAAAAUCCAUCUGCAGGAUGUUACUUGCUAAAAAUCCAGGGGAGCGACUGGGUUGCACUGAAGAUGGAGCUGCUGUUGUAAAGCAACAUCCUAUUUUCAGGAACAUUAACUUCAAGAGGCUGGAAGCAAACAUGUUAGAACCUCCAUUCUUGCCAGAUCCACGUGCUGUAUAUUGUAAAGAUGUCCUGGACAUAGAGCAGUUCUCAACAGUAAAAGGAGUGAACCUGGAUACUACAGAUGAUGACUUCUAUUCCAAGUUUGUUACGGGUUGUGUCUCCAUCCCUUGGCAAAAUGAGAUGAUUGAAACGGGAUGCUUUGAAGAUAUCAAUGCAUAUGAAACUGAUGGUACUGUGUCACCAGACAGAGAGAGGUCUCCUAAACCAAAGAGAGGCUUCUUUCACAGACUCUUUAGUGGAGAGGUCUGUUUUAAAUCUGAUUGCAGUGAUGAUGAGCAGGAGUCCUCCAGACUUUAAAUCAUUUUACUCUCAUCAGAAAGGAUGAGCAAACGUUAAAUGUUUUAUAUCUCUGUAGCAAAUUGUAUUAUAUAUAUUUUUUAUCUGAGUUCAAGGAUUUUUGUACAUUUGUACUUCAUUUGUUUUAAGAUGUAUAUUUUCACUAAAGCUUAAUUGUACAAAAAGCAAUGAGUGCCAUUUGAGUGAGUGUGUUUCUGUAUGUAUUUGAUUUAUCUUGAUUAAUUUUUUCUCAGUGGAAUGAAUCUAGGAAUACUAAAAGGAUUUUAAAGCACAGAGAUAAUAUCUAUGGCAUCAGUGUAACUUGACUUUGUAUGUUCCUGGUAAAACUCUUCUUGUUAAUUAGGAUCUUUAUUAGCAGUUUUCUUAACUUUAAAAUUGCUGUACUGAUGAAUUUAAUAAUUCUGAUACUAUCCAGCAGCAUGGCAGUGCUAUUACCUAAUGUAUCUCUCAAGCAACUGCUAAGAAAAAAAAAAAGGAAUUCAGUGCACUGUGACCUGCUAUUAGGAAUUGCUCUUUACUAUCUGGCUCUGUAGAAUAUCUUUCUGUAUUUCUGUAUAAAGAGAAUUCUGAACAUUUAGCUUAAUCCUGUGACAAACUGUAGUACCCCAUUCUUCUUUUUUCUACCCAUCUUACACAUCCUCUUCAUACAGUUUCUUGGCAUGAACCUAUGCCAAAAUUUUGUAACUAUAUUUUGAAAAGUUUGUUGUCUUUACUGAAAGGAUUUCUUUAUACCUGUGGGGACACCUUUUUAUUUUUUUCUGUAAAUGAAAUUGUUUUUAACUCUCUUUAGGAUGUUAUAAUUUUGUAAUGGGUUAAAAAACAAAGCAUGGGCUCUUUUUACUAACCUACUCUCUGCUUAUUAUGUUGUAAUAUGCAAUGUUGUGGGGUUGACAGCGAUCACUACCACUGAGGAAAGGGCAAGAUAAUUUAAAGUAGCAAAUUUUAAUUAUGUAAAUAUUUUUUUCCUAUAACCUUUUAAAACAGAAACAUUAAAACCUGCCUUUAAUGAUUACUUAACACAAAUGUGGAGCUGAUAUUGAAGUUUAUGAUUACUUGAUGUUCAUUAGUAAAACUGAUAAAAGCUGCCUGAAAGUUAGUCGAACUUCCAUUCUUCUGGACUCACAUAUGCCAGACUUUUUAUUUGGUUUCCAGUAAAACUAUUAAUCUCUGUGUAAGAGUCAAUUUAAAGAGCACAUUUCAUUAAGAGCCUUUUCUGUUUUCAAAAUUUGAAUGAGGGACUUAAAAUAUGAUGGUAUGCUCUUGGAGUUGGAGACAUGACUAGUUACAUAUUUUGUUCUGUAUUCUGAAGAUUUGUCUCCACAGAACAUGCUUUUUUUUUUUUUUUCGUUUCAAAUCUCUGGGGCACCAACCAGACCACAUAUGUAUUGUACACACAGAGCAACUGAGUAGCCCCCCACCUCAAAUAGGUCUCUGCUUGUGAUUCACAGACCCACUGGAAGAAAUUUAAGCUGCUUCUGAGAAACUCACAACAUACAUUUGGUUGUCAAGCCCAUCAUCAGGUUUUAAUUCACAGUAUUUGGUCUCUAAAGACAAGUGUUUUGAUGGAUUGGAAUUUGAAAAAAGUUGAAAAACCAGUGUGUUACAGAACUCUACUGGGGUUCAGCUGGUGUCUAUCUGAAAUUGCCACAGAAAUAAGGAAUGAGAGACUCUUUUCCUGUGUUGUUAGUGCAUUUUUCCUGCAGUCUACAGCAGCACACAGGACACCAAAAUGACUGUUGUGGAAAGUACAAAGAGAAAUUGGCAGAGGGAGAGAGGGUUUGAAGGAAUUACUGGAAGAUGGUCUGAUGUAAUAGUGAAGGGAUGGGAGGCUUGACAGAAAGAGAAAUGUCUGAAGUGAGGGUGUUGGCUGGAACCAUUAUGUGUGAGACAAUGAGCUGGCAUGGUCUGACCUGACCCUCUUAAUUUUGUACCACAGUAAUAAUAGGACUCUAAAGAGAUGAGAAUGGAAAAAUGGGGAAGUAGUAGAAGUGUUUUAUAAAUACCUACCUGGUUGCAGAAGUCAUCAUUUCCCUGAUUUAGGGUAUUAGUUUUUUAAGGUCUUAGGUUUGCUGUUCUGAGGCAAAGGGGGCUGUAUUAAGACUGGACAUAUGGGGUGACAGAGUGGGUUUAAUAUCUGCGUAGAACAACUUGAAAUUUGGGCAAGAAUACCAUGGACACAAACUGAGUAAAUUUUAUGAAAAAAAUACAGGAAUGGGCUUUAAUAGAUUAAACAAAAAUAUCUGCAAGUUUAUUUAUCAUGUAUUUCAAAUUUUCUUUCCUCAUUGGAUGGAGAGGAAUCUUAAGAAAAAUCAAAUCAGCUUCUCUAAUUUGGAGUGUUGAGACAACACAUUCUCCAGGGUUCUGCGAAAAAAAAGACUAGAUGAAGAGAGAAGGGAAAUUGUUCUUAAGUGUUUAUUUACAUGUCUGCUUCUUUGGACAAGGAACUCCUUGUAAAAAAAAUGGAGGAUUUGUUUGUUUUUAUGAAGUUUUAUUUUGUUAAAUUUCACGAGUUUUUUCAUAAAUUCUCAAUAAUAUUUUUGAACUGGUUUUGAGUGGACUACAUUUGCAGGAUUCAGACCUAAAUUCCAUUCCUUUUGAGAUUUGGGUUUUCUUGGUUGGUUGGUUUUUCCCCAGUAGGCUCAAAAUGGCAUUUUUCUACUAUAAAUUUGUCCCCUUUAGCUAGAAAUACAACCACAUAAUAAUGACUAGAUAUUAUCUAACGUGAAUCCCCUAAAGAAUUAGAAAAGACAAGAAACUGGAAGGAUCAAUAUAACUCUCCUUAUACGGUAUGUGGAGAUGAAGAUGUUUUGGUGUUUAAGGUGACUAACAUGGGUUAAAUGUCUUUAUUGGAGUAUUGGGAGCUUGGAGAUGCCUUUUGAAAGUGGGGAAGGGGUAAGGAGAAGGGAGAACACCUGAAAGCAAAAUAAUGUGGUGUGAUAAAUUUAACAUGAACUUAUAUCUUGAUUUUUUUAGGACACAACUGAGACAAAGAAGGGGAAGGCAGGAGGUCGUGUUGACUGAUUUAUGUAGCCUUUUAUUCCCAAUAAACUGUUGUGGGGGCGAGGGGGGAAAGCCAAGGAAAUUCUUGUUAUUUGGUAUGACUUCAUUGAGAUUCUAGAUCUAUGUGUUAGAAGGCUUUAAUAGCAGUGAGACAAUCCAAUAGCCCAGCUGGUGCAAGCUUUGGAAAGAUCUGUGGAAUUCCAUGGAGUUAUUUGCGUGAGAUCAACCCUCCUUUUCUGUGUCUUGUUUUGCAAGCAUUUGUGUACAUAAGUCUCAAUGUCUGCUUGUGUGUACCUCAUGAAUCUCUAUUUAGCUCAAAAUUCAGGAACUGUGAAACGAUGUACCAGUAUCUUAUUGGUUUACUUAAUGCUUUUGAAUGUUGUGACCAACAGAAUAGAAUCUUCAUGCCUCAGGGUUGGUUUUUUUCCUACUAAAAAAAUUGUCAGCUUCCUCCCCUUGGCUCCCCUGAGGUGUAGUGUUCAUUAUAGAGAUGGUGUUAUGUUUCUGGAUUAUAACAACAACAAAACAGUCUCAGCUGAAAAAAUGAGAAUUUAAAAAUAAUAUUAAAUAGGAAAAAACCUGUGGUAUAUCUGUGACAACAAGAGCAUUAUUGACAAAUCUUAGCCUUUAAUAGAUGUUGUCUUUUUUUUUUCCCGAAUCAGUCUUAAAACAGUGGUUUUGAAGGGUUAUGAAAGAGAAUUGCCUCCAUCUCAAAAUUAAAUUGUUUAAUUUAUAAAUCAAUGAUAGAAGCUAUUAAAUACAAUAGCAAUCCAUUUUUAGAAUGCACUCCAAUUAUUUUUCAAACAACAGUGAAGAAGAAAUACAAGCAAUUUUUCAUUGCCAUUUGUUGAGAGAAUACUUAUUUACAAGUUACUAAAAUAAGUCAACAGAAGGAAUAUUUUUCUAUGGUUUACAAUUUAGUGUUACAUUAAUUUAACAUUGGAAUUACCACCUUCAUUUUAGUAUAGAUUCUCAGAAAAUACUUCUCUUUAGGAAGUCCUCGAAAAUUUGAAUGAUUGGAAAGCAUCUUUAAACAGAAUUCAUGUUUACUUUGAUUUGAAUUACCUGCCUGGCUUAUUUUGGUGCUUAUGAUGUCUCUUCUGCUGAAUGUACAAUUCUUUUUUAUUGUACAUAAAUAAUUGUUCUUGUGGUGUAACUUGAGUUUUGCACAUGAGAUGUAGGUAACUUUUUUGUCAUGUUCCAGAUGUGUCCAAAACACCAGAAUUCUUUCAAGGCAUAGGAAGCUGACUGUUUUAUGUAUUGUGUAAUUUCCAGCAUCUCCAAACCACUGACUGUUUUUGUGUGAGCUGUUUUCCUGGAUGUUCUAGCAUUGUAAUUCCUGAAAUAAAAGCAAAACACUGCCGCAUAUCUCAACCACAUCUAUUACUGUCUAAUGUGAUUUAUUUACCAUGUCUGUCAUGGUAUCUGGGAUAGAAUAAAAAGA